UAGUUAACGUGGUUUCCUCCACGUCCGCCAUUUUAUGUCACCAACUCACUGGAGGUUGAUAAGCUGGCGACCCAUUAACCGAGUAUAUAGUUUUAAUAAGCCUUCAAUCUUACCGUUAGCAAGUAACAGAGGCUAGAAAACACUACCUGCAGAAGUGGGUUGAGAGAAACUUUGGUCGAGGUGCCACAGAGAAGCUUCAAGAUGGGUGUAUUUCAGUCCAUGUUCCAAAAGCUGUUUGGCAAGAAGGAGAUGAGGAUAUUGAUGGUGGGUCUUGAUGCAGCUGGAAAGACCACGAUCCUGUACAAGCUGAAACUAGGAGAAAUUGUCACAACUAUCCCAACAAUAGGUUUUAAUGUCGAGACGGUGGAAUACAAGAACAUCAGCUUCACCGUGUGGGAUGUUGGAGGUCAGGAUAAAAUCAGGCCUCUGUGGAGACACUACUUCCAGAACACUCAAGGCUUGAUCUUCGUAGUGGACAGUAAUGACAGGGAGAGAUUGCAGGAAGCCAGAGAUGAACUCAACAGGAUGUUGAACGAGGACGAGCUGAGGGAAGCAGUGCUUCUUGUGUUUGCCAAUAAGCAGGAUUUGCCAAAUGCCAUAAGUGUGGCUGAAAUGACAGAUAAGCUGGAUCUUUCAUCAAAGGGUGGUCGCCAAUGGUAUAUCCAGAACACGUGUGCGACAUCCGGAGACGGGCUGUACGAAGGCCUGGACUGGCUGUCAGGAAAGCUGCAGAAGUGAUUAAACAGACCAUCAUCGCAAGCUGUAUAGUAUAUCAUGCAGACUCGUACACAUUCUACAGUCUUCCCUUGCACAGGUCAACCAUCAUCUGCCAGUACGCUGUUGUAUGUUGAUUGCACAUAUUGGGAAGUAGUUCUUGUAUUGUUGGUGAUGACUGCAGACUUUGUGUGUGUCUGAUGUAAUAAAAUCCAUAUCGGCUCGGGGACAAGGGUGUCCCUUUGAUGUGGUCUUUGUAUACAAAUUCAUUUGGUCCUGAGGUGAACCGAAAGGUUGACCAAUGAGAGCCAACGACAACCUUGCGACAAUUCAGAACAUCAUGCAUCUGUGAAUUCUUCAAGCAAAAAAACGAUUCUUCUAAAUUAAGAUACAGUCAUCAGUGAAUAAUGUUUUUUUCCAGGUUUCUGAUUUCUGAUUGUGAUUCUCAAAAUUUACUUUCAUCAUGUUUUACUAAAAUACAUUCCGAACUUUGUAUAUGUAUUUUUACGUUUCACGAUACAGCACAAGCAUAAACAUGUUUUCUGUAACUCAGGUUUUAUCUUACACAAAAAUUGAAAACUUAUGAAAGGUCCUUUCCUGUUGAUAGCGGGGCGGUCGGAUAGCCUAGUGGUUAAAGCGUUCGCUCACUCACUCACUCACUCCUGUUGAAGGCAGGAGGAGACAAGGGCCCACACUGUGUAGCUGAUGACAAUUAUUCUUUGCACCGUGUGUGAUCAACCAACAUCUGGUUAUUGUAGUUGUUAUUAUGUGACUUAGUUUGUGCAAAUGUUAGAUGUCAGGAUUCCAACUUUCUAUGCAUGUUGUCUGUGUCACCUAGUUCAGCUUACAUGGAGCUGCUCAUCAAGGGACACUCACCUUUCUUUUCCUAUAAGUUCCAUGAUACUUCGGGGUUAAUGAUGGUAUGGUUAGCCAACAUGGAUUAAGAAAUAAUAAAGCGUUUAUGUUUUGAGAAAGUAUCAGAAAUAUCAGUGUCAGAAGGUCAUUAAAGGGAUAAAUACUUUUUUCAAUCUACAUUUUUAAAAUAAUCAUGCAGUUUUAUCGUUAUUAUGACAAGAAUUUUGGGACUUGUCAACAUACUCUUUCUUCAAUUUCUACCAAAUGCCAGGACUCUGCAAGUUUGCAAGUUUGUACUAUUUAUUCUAUUUCAUAUUGUUUUUGUUGAACAAGGCUAAAAAAAUUGAAAUAUUUGUGUAUCUGUAAGUCUCUGUCACCUAAGUUCCCCACUUUCCUUGUAUUGUGUUUUUGUGUCGUGAAAACCAGGCCUUUUAUGGAACCAAACAGAAGAUCCAUUUUUAAGCACAUUAGGAAGUGCAUUUUCUCAACUGUCAGAAUGACAGUAGAACUUGGUAAUUCCAUGUUUCCUUUGCUGCAACAAGUUUCAUUGAUUUAAAGGCAUCACCAUCAUCCAGGGAUUGUUCCUAUCAGUGACAAGACAGUCCCAAACCUGUAAAGGGGUUUUGGUGACUUCUUCAGCUUGGCUUUUGAGAUAAUUUUAUGAUAGAAUAAGUUAUUUAUCUAUUCAAGUUCCUGUCAGUAUUUGCUGUUGGUAGUUAGUGUUGUUGCCAAGGCUGGUUUAAUCAUUUCAUUGUCAUCAUUGCGUCACUCCUGGUUCCCUGGUGAAAUGGUAUGGGUCAGGACUUAAGGUUUGUUACACUAUGUGAAACUAUAAUUUGGAAAAUAAAUUGUCAUGAUCAAUCUUGAAUUGUUAAUCUUUGUGAAGAAUUCUAUAUUUGUCGAUCUUGUCAUUUUGAUGUAUGUCUGAUGUAAGACUAUGAAAACUCUGAAAUAGCAAUCGGGGUUGAAUAUUUUGUUUGACCAUUCUAUUAAGUAUCUACCUAUUCUGUGAGUUGCUUCCCUCUGGUUUUCAUAUCCUAUCAGAACACAGCAGUGUUACUUUUUGAGGAGUAUUUCUGAAACAUUGUGGUUUUUUUUCUAAAUUAUUUUUUGUCCAACACUUGGGAGUCAUAUGUUCACCUCCACCUUAGACAUAUAACCUGCCUGUACUAAUUUUAAUUUCUUUAUUUGCUUUACAAAACUUGGGGGUUACAACAUAAGAUUUUUUACAGAUAUUUUCUGUUAUUUAAAGUUUAAUGUGGAAGCAAACCUGGGUGUUGAACACCCCAUUUCUUAGGUUCCUUAAAAUGUGAAUAAGUUCAGACCAUGAGUUGGGGUAUUUAUUUUUCUCUUGCUUUUAUCUUUUUUAUGUGCUGUUGUUGAAGGUUCGUGCUGAAUCCCAGAUGCAUAUGAACAAGGGUUCAUGACUUGCUUGCACAAAACAACCUUACUGUAAGACCAGGGACCAGUUCUACAAGCUGAUCUUAGCACGGUGGCUGUCCUAAGGCUUUGUCAAGUGUUGAGUUUUAAUCUUAGCGCUGUCAUCGGUUUGUGGAAUGGGGCCUAGGUUAAGACAAGGUGCUCUAUGACUAUAGAGGUCCAUGUGAUGGGGAUUGAACAGUAGAAGUGCUUUGUGAAAGCAUGUCAAUGGCCCUGUCUUACAACCAGUGUUUGAAAUUAAACAUGAAGCUCAAGGGCUCCUUCCUUGUCAUUACCCUAAUGUUAAAGGUUAAUGAUGCAUGGGGGCCCUAGAUGCAACUUCAAUUGAAUACCUGAAUGACACCCCCUCCCCUCCCCCUCAAUUUAGACUGAUAACAUUCUAAUUGCCACAGGUGUCAUACGUCGGCUGAUCCGUGUGUUAUCGAAACUGCAGCAACGCUGUUCAGUGUCGUGAGGCCCUAGUGAAAAUGUUCUUUGAAGUGCAGGUUGCGAUUUAUUGGGCCUGUGGCAUUACAUAGCUCUUUCAUUGAGAGUUUUGUCAAGGUAGUUUCAGUGGGAGAAGGCUCAGAGUCAGACUGCUGUUCACUGCAUGAAAUCAGAAUCAGAAAAUUUGAAGAGUUAGACAUUUUGUGUGUCUGUUGCACAUUGUUUCCAGGUGGUUCGUCAUUCCAUGUAUGUCUAGUCCGGGGGGUUAGACAUACUGCUGCCAGUGGGUGUACUUAUAUCUUGUGUAUAUUAUAGAGAUAAUCAAAUGUCAACUAAAUGCUAUCAACUAAUCCUCCUCCAAUAAAGCAGUUUCUUCAAAA